AUGUCUCCAUUUCAGUUGUUAUUUGGGAAAGCAUGUCAUUUGCCGGUGGGAUUGGAGCAUAGAGCAUUAUGGGCUGUUAAGUUUUUAAACUUUGAUUCAAAAGCAGUAGGUGAGAAGAGGCUACUUCAAUUGGAUGAACUGGAUGAAUUUCGUCUUACUGCAUAUGAAAGUGCAAGCUUAUAUAAGGAAAAGACCAAGCUAUGGCAUGACAGGAAGAUAACACCCAGGGAUUUCAAGGAGGGUAAUCAAGUUCUGCUGUUCAAUUCCAGGUUGAAGUUAUUUCCUGCGAAGUUAAAGUCCAGAUGGUCUGGACCAUUUGUGGUGAAGGAUAUGAAGUCUUAUGGAGCAGUGGAAAUUUGUCCUUUGGAUUCUGACUGA